AUGAGCUCCCUACAGAUCCUCCAAUGCAUCCUUGAAGAAACCGGACCUCAAGCUUCUGUCAAGUUCCGAGUCAAGGAAGCAACUGACCACAAAGGUUCGGAUCCUUUUGCUCACAAACUGGGAGGAUCGAGGGACUCCAAGCACAUCAAUCAUGCGGCCUUGAAGAAACCGGACCUCAAGCCUUCUACUGACUUCAAGGAAAUUCUAACUUCAAUAACAAAGAUCCUCCAUGACGUCGCAAGGUCCCCAGUAUUGCGGGCACUGGGAGUAUUGAAGGACUCCAAGCACACCAGUCAUGCGGCCUUGAAGAAACCGGACCUCAAGCCUUCUACUGACUUCAAGUAG